UCUAAGCUUGAAUCAUUUGUGUGCGCUGGUCACAUGCAAUAGAAUUAUUAUAUCUUAUUGGCUUUUAUUUAGAUUUCCUUUAUUUGUGGUUUUAAAUGCAUAUGUAUCAAGAGGAAACAAUCUUCUUUAUAAAAUAAGAGGAGAAUGUAUGAAAAAAAAGAAUAAUUUGAACUCGAAAUAUGAUGUCAAGAAUAUGACGUUUCACAUUCGAGUUAAAAAAAACAGCUCGAAACAUUUGCCGUCAUGACAGUUCAGCAGAAUUUGUAACACGAAUAAUGAGCAGCUCGAAAUAAGGUUCCAAUUGUGCGUUGACACGAGUUUCAAACCGAAGCAGACUGACUAGUUUUACCGAGAAGAACUCCACGUUCAACGCGCUAGUAUUGAUUGCACGCACUUAUUAGAACCAUGUCGGAGGAACAGGAUACAAACACGGAGAAGGCGACGUUAUCCAGCAUCGCUGGACAUGGGGAAAGUUCGGGCUGUAAUGAGAACAACCCUGUGAAUGUGCCGGCUGACCACUUGGAAAACGACGUUUUAGCUGCUGUGCAGCAUGUGGAAAACGAGCUGGAAGUUGAAACGGAACAAGAGAUAGUGACACAAGCUGCUGAUCAACAACAGGAGCACGAUAAUGGUCAACUGGAUGAGGAUCUCGAAAGUGUUUCCAUGGAGGUGGAUCAACCGGCUACGUAUGAAAUGCAUAAUCAUCCGGCGGUCGUCUUUCCUAUAGCAGCAGAAUUUCUGCAACCUGUCGCAACGGUGGUAUCUGCUCAAAACUUUUUUUAUUUGGGAGAUGAGGAUAUUGAACAUGCGGUUGAAAAUGGCGAUGUACUGUUGGAUGUUGGAGUAUAUCCUGCUCAGGUUAACCCCAUGGGGAUUGAUAAUAGAAUGUUCAAUUUCAACGGUAACGAAAUAUUUUUCAUAUAUCGUAGAACGCGCACAAAUUGCAUUUGCGUAUUCCAAAUUGGGCAUACGGAUGAAGGUUUUCUCGUCUACAGAUAUGUUCACGCAGUUUUCCGAAAUCCGAACAUUUAAAUAUUUUUCCUGGUUUUGGUUUUGUUUGUACAUCAAAUUGUACAAAACAUUUACAACUGUUACACGAACUACCUAUCUACUAUGAAAUUGUACAAAGCAUUUAUAAAUGUUACACGAACUACCUAUCUACUAUCAAACUGUAAAAAACAUUCAUAAAUGUUACAUGAUGUAUUAUUGAAAGUUGGAACUUAGUUGAUUGUUCUGAAUAAAGCGAAAUACAUUCUCUUCGGAAUGGCAAUCUGAAUACAUUCGUGUGUUUCACUUGAAGGAUAAAGCUUGUAGACACAAUUUCAAUAGGGUAGGCAGUUCUUUCGGAUCUUCCGGUACAAAUGAGCAUGGGUUUUCUUCAUGCACCAAACUAACAUUAAACAUUAUAGACAGUGCUGGAUUAGGUGGCCACCUAGGGACACGCCGUUUAGAACCAGAAGACCUGUCUUUCAAGAAAUCAUCAACCUAUGCAUAAUUUUUUUUUUUUGCUCGGUUAGUAGCGGCCUGGCCUUAUCAAGAUUUAUUUUACCACGUAGCAGGACAGUCCGUCCGUGUUACGGGGGCAAGGUCCGGAUGGGAUUAGAACCCGUCCUGCCGUGUGGACGGGCGCCGUUUAUCACAUGCACCACCGGGCCGCCCCAACCUAUGCAUAAUAAUUGAUGUAGAAUUAGUACAUUGAGCGAGCGACGCAGCUUUUGAACGCAGCGCUUUUGUUUUCCUUCAUUUGAGCGCGGUACGAAUAAUCGAGAUUGACGUUGUGACAGCAAAGCGCGAAACGUCAAAUUGACCGGUCCAUCUUCGACGAAACAAAACAAAGGUAAAUUGUUGAUUCACGGAAUACGUUGAAUGUUCUAUUGUUCAUGUGGAAAGAGGUUAGAGUGAAGCGCAUUAUACGAAUAUUAAUAUUGAGGCAGUAGCAUUCGAUGCAAAAUGUCACUUGAAACUCUAUAUUCUCUUAUGGACCGAAUGAAGGAGCUGGAAACGAUGAUCGAACAGCACGGAAUGGUGUUGAAAGCGAACAACGUUGGGUUGUCCGAACCGGUGACGGACGGCGAAUCAUACCCCCGGAGCGAUAUCGAUGUUUAUGCCGUACGGCAAGCACGCAAUUCAAUUAUUUACCUUCAGAAUGAUCGAAAAAAGAUUAUGGCUGAGAUUGAA